AUGUCAAGGAGAGCUUCCCAGCUAGCCCAACACUCCGGCGCACAUUACUGCCCCAUCUCGAUCAAGGACUCUCCAGCAGCACUUGACAACUAUCCAAAGACGCCUGCACACAUUGCAACACCUAUAGCCUAA